UGGGCACGGAGCUCACCUGAUUGUGGGGAGUGAUUUUAUCUGUGCCGCAUUAAGGGGGUCGUUUCGUGCACAGAGGCUUAGAAUGAGGUGACAGGGAGAUUUCACUAGAUGAAAGGCGAUUCGCUCACUAACAAAAACACAGUCUGCGGCCUCAUUUUCUGCGGAUCAGCAGAACAAUGAAAAAGAGUAAAACUGUCGCUCUGGACAAGCGCGAAAUAAAUUCACUUCUUGGAUUCUUCGGAGGGUAUGGUAUCAUGAUAGCAGUGGGAUUUCUGGCCGUUCUGUCUGUAUGUGCUGCUUUCAUCAUUUACAGAACAGUUAAAGGUCAAGGCGAGCAAAGCAGUGAGCAAAUCGUGAAGGAAACGGAGGUAAAAGAGAUAAAGAGACCGCUUCGGAAAAAGAAGAGGGAGGAGAGCGAUCGCAACGAUGAGUCAACAGAUGGUUGUACUGACCAUGUGGAUGUUGAGAAGAUGAGAGUGGGGUCAUCUGAAACUUUAAUCCGUGCAGCCACCAGCAAAACACUCCACAGCACGGCGAAGGAAAAUGAUGAAGAGAAAAUAGCCCAAGAUUUACAAGCUUGUUCUUUGCCUCAGCCAUGUUUAUUCUCAGAUCAGGAAAGAGAGUGUGAGCCUACAGAAACUGAGUGUUCACAGUCUCAGCCGCUGGAGUGUCAGUGUGAGAUUAGCGAUCGCUUUGAAGAUGAGAUUAAAGACUGUUUGAGGGAAAAUGGAAGUGAAUUUGUGGAAGAGUGUGUGAUUGAGCAAUGUAAAGAUCAAGAUGAGCUUUAUGAAAGUGAGGAAAGUUGCAAGAAAUCUCAGUCUGAUUGCCAGGGUUCACUGGCAUCUGCACCUCAGGACAGUUUGGUGGAGGAUGUUUUGUCUGGGACAGAAGAUACGAGCAGAUACAUUCAGAGUAAGUGUUUUGAAAGUGAAAGAACUCAAGAGGAAUCUCAGUCGAGCAGCCAUCACGGCUUCACAACCUCAGCUCAAGAAGAUUUGCCAGGGAGCUCACGGCCUAAACUAGACGUCAAAAAUGGCCUUAGCGAAGAAGAGAGCUUAACUGUAGCACAGCAUGACCAGCUAGCCUCUCACCCUGAGAGUGAACUGAGUGCUGGUUAUGACACAGUGGAGAUGGAUGUAGUGAAGGAGACAACAACUAACAACAUCAAGGAGUUUCUCACUGGUCCCGAGUCGACUGGUUUUGGCCGCUGUUUUUAUGCUGAACAUGCUGUUUCAAUGCAUUCAGACUUGGACUCAAAGGAAAAGCUUGACCCAAAACAGAUGACUGAUCAUAGGGAAGUUGGAGGUAAAGACUCAAAUUGGGACACCGGCGUCUUGGAGAUGCCUGUGAGCAAGCAUGAGAAGCAUUUGGUGGACCAUCAACAGCAAAGCAACCAUUACGAAUAUCUCAGUGACCAUAACCAUCAGAACUACCUUGGCUUCUCCACCAAUAAUACUUUCAACCUGAUGGAGAGUUCACUAUCUGAGGUGAAAUGCAGAGAUGGUGUUCACAAAGAGAAAGUGACUGGUGCAGUGACUGGGUUAGUGGACUCAUUGGAGGAGAGCCAUGAGAAGACUGAGAUUAGCAUUAUGGAAGCCACCAUGGAUAAUAACGAAUGGCUGAAUGUUGGAGGUCCAGACACACGAGCUCCCCCUUGGUUGACUCAGACUCUCACUGGUCAACCUCACGGUGUCUCUGCUGAUUUGGAAUCAUCAGACGCUAAGAAACAGGACACCUCGAUCUUCCCGUCAAAGGAACCCAAAAUCACCGCAGCUUCUUUAGAUGACGACCAUGUCCAUAGAAGAGUGGCAGCCGUGAUACCCAUGCCUCAAAUGGUCCGAGUGAGCUUCAGGGUGCACUACAUCACGCAUUAUCCCAGCCAGUUUCUGGCUGUGACUGGGAACCAGCAGGAGCUGGGAUUCUGGGAGCGCUUCGUUCCACUCCAGAGAGCCAAGAAUGGGUUCUGGGCCAGCACCAUUGCUCUUCCCAUAGAGAGCCAGGUGGAGUGGAAAUUUGUCGUGGUGGAGGAUGGAAAAAUCCUUCGCUGGGAAGAGUGUUGCAAUCGUCACUUAGCAGUGACUGGUCAGGACGAGGAGCUGCAUCUAGACAAGUCUUGGGGUUACUUAUGAGUCGGAGAGAAAGCAAUAAAGAGAUAAAAAAGAACACCUCCAAAGCAUGGAUUAAUACAUGUCCUGCAUCUCUGUUACUGAAGCAAUAAUUAUUCCUGGUGCAUUAUUUUAACUUAACAAUAUAAAACUAUAUGAUAUUAAACAGCAAUUUAUUUGAAGUAUGCAUGAGGCUACAAUACUGUUACCACAGCAAUAAUAAAAUUAUGAAUAUGCACAUGGCUCACUAUAGGGUGUGCUAAUGUUUGAUUAUGUAUGAUUGUGCUUGACAAUGUUAACGUGUAUAGCGUGGUUACUUGUGAAAAAUCAACAUUUUCACAGCCACCAAGUACAGUUUGUCUCUUUCUGUGUAAAGGGUUUAUUUGUAUGCCAGUGCAAAUACGGCUCUUUAAAAUACUGACAUUAGUUAAAUUCCACCAAACAUAAAUGUACAGUGACUUGAAAUGCAGAACACUAAAGUUCUCCUGGUGCACAGGGAGAUAGCUGUUGCAUGGAGAGUCAGGACACAUGAUUAAUGUCUUGUGUGUUUGCAUAAAUAUCUCAGUGUCAGGAUUUCUUUAAUGUACUCACUUAAUGAAAUAGUACAGUUCGUGUCUCUGUUUGUUGUUCUUGUAAUCAGGGAUGUAUGUUUAUAAAUGUCUGUGAGUCUUACUGUUGUGGCAUUACUUCCCUACAGAAGCUCACUGAAGAGCCAGUCAUGUGUAGCCUUUUAAGGGCCUUUUUUAACAGCCAUUCAUAUUUGUCCUUUUAAGGGCCCUAUCUCAUUUGUCCUUUUAAAGCCUUUGUUGUUAAGGGUGAUUGAUGAAGGUAAUUGCCACUCAUAAGCUACUGAUUUUUUUUCCCCCUCCUUAAUUUCAUAAUUUAUGUUUAAAGUUAGACAAAUGAUAUGAUACUUUUGUGGAUUUUUGAAAUUAAGUUUACGACUACAGGCAAUAAAUAAUUUUUGUUUUUCUAUUCUCCUGAAGUGUUUGCUGUGACUUUGAGCAGUUUUACAUGUGUUUAAACAUUAUGACAUUUGGCUCUAAUCUAUUUUUGUUUUCUUUGUUUUGCUCUCCUGUUCUGUCAUGGUUUUGUUUUAUAAUCUCUUUAAAAGGUUUUUUUCUCUGGUUGUUAGUUAUCAUAACCACCUGUCAACUUUCACCGGCUUUCACCGACUCAAUAAAUUGAUUUUCACAGU